ACGCUGGACGCUGCCGGCUGCCGGUGCCGCCAGAGGGCGCCGGUGACGAGCGGCUCGGCUGCGGCGGCGGUGACUCGUGAAGUGCUGCAGCCAUGUUCCACCUCAUGUACCAGUUCGUGGAUAACAUGCAACGCUUGGCGAAGGACGCGACAGAGGUGCUAAAUUUAACCCCGGCAGAGAUGUCUGAACUUUUGAAAAAGUCCAACGUGCCCGUGAUCUUCAUGUUGGGCGGCCCCGGCAGCGGCAAGGGCACCCAGUGCGAGAAGAUCGCGGAAAAGUACGGCUUCACGCACCUGUCUUCGGGCGACCUGCUGCGCGCCGAGGUCGACUCCGGCUCCGACCUCGGCAAGCAGAUGAAGGAGACCAUGGACGCCGGCGACCUAGUGCCCAUGGAAACUGUGCUACGCCUGAUCCGAGAGGGGAUGGUGCUGAAGCUGGAGAACAGCAAGGGCUUCCUCAUCGACGGCUACCCGCGGGAGGUGGACCAAGCAGUCAAGUUUGAGGAGCAGGUGUGCCCCUGCUCGCUGGUGCUCUACUUCGAGGUGUCAGACGCCUUGAUGACAGAGCGCCUGCUGAAGCGGGGCGAGACGUCCGGCCGCUCCGAUGACAACGCCGAGACCAUCAAGAAGCGGCUCGAGACGUUCCAUAGCGUCACCGAGCCGUUGGUGACACAUUUUGACCAGCGCUGCAAGCGGAUAAACGGCGAGCGGGCCGUGGACGAAAUCUUCGAGGACGUCUGCAAGGAGCUGGACGCCCUGUGCAGCGCGCCGGCCGAGUGAGACGGCCGGAGCCUGCUCGGCCGAGUGUGGACUGCGCGGCGCGCUGGCCGCCCGGUGAUAACGCGUGUUCAAAAGUUGGUCAGCCAGGCUGUCGGGCGCUGACCCGGGCGCUGGUGAGACCCGCGGUCGGGUGGGUUGCCAGUGGGUAGCGUAGGAGCGCCGGGCUCGCCUUUCCCGUCGCUGGCGUGAACGCUGGUAAGGUGUAAGGAAAGUUUAACGCAGUUUUAGCGGUUUGUCUCGUCCGCACACAGCGAAUCUCACGAGUGGCUUCCGUGUCGUAAAAUCUACGUUUUCUGUGACUUCUGAUGGUGGCUGUUACAAACUUGUCUGUGGGUACGCGGUGGAAAUGGAUGGCCUUGACGUCACAAAAUUCACGUUUGCUGUGAGCCCGCUCGGAGGCGAUGUCACAAACUUGUAUCCUACAGUUGAUACGAUAACUUUUAUACGGAUAAGCGGGCACGAUAGGCGAAAAGGCGCAAACACCCAAAACCCUGUGCUAUGUUCAGAUGACUGUUUUUGUUGCAUACCGCAGCGCACGCAUGCUAGUCAGGGUCACGCAGGGUCAUGAAUUCUAGUCUGUUCAGCUUCUCUGCGCGUGUUACGGCUGCGUCUUACGGUGCGCGACGCUGCAUGUUCCGUUUCUCUGGUUCGAUUGUUCUGUUCUGAGACAUAAAUGCAUGGAGUGAUUGCA